UUUAGAAAAGAUCGUUCGGAAAAUGUGGUUCCAAAUAAUUUGUCUGUGCUUAACAAUAAAUUCAUUAUCUCUGUUCUCUGAUGCAAAUCCACUUGGCGAAUGUAAUGUUACGAGUUUAUUUACUUCAAUAAAUUCUCAAUUAGCCGUUGUUAGAACGGAGGUGGAACGACUGAAGACAGAUGGACUUGUCAAGGAAUCCGAUUAUCAAGCGUUUAGAGCGGAGCAGGAGCGUCAGGGAAAGUUGAUAGAAGGACUUGUUGAUAAACUGGAUUUACUAGAAUCGCGCUUUAACCCAAUCAAUUGUACUGAGGCCAAGUGGAAUGGAAUCUACAAUGUACUUCUCCCCAACUAUAGUCGGCAACCAUUUGAAGUUGCCUGUGAUGCGAUAACCCGCGAAGGGGGAUGGACGAUCCUUUUGAGGCGAUUCGACGGUUCUGUGGAGUUUAAUCGCAGCUGGACUGAAUACAAAAACGGGUUCGGGGAGCUGAGUGGUGAGUUCUUCUUGGGGCUAGACAAAAUCCAUGAAUUGACAGCAGAAAGGAGACAGGAACUACUGAUAAUUCUUGAGGACUUUGAAGGGCGUGUGAGCCCUGUGACAUACGAUGAAUUUGCAAUUGGCGACGAGAAGCAACAAUAUGUCUUACACAGUCUGGGAGAAGCUCAUGGAAUUGCUGGUGAUGCCCUUUCAAAUUAUAAAGGCAUGCAAUUUUCAACAUUUGAUCGGGACAAUGAUCUUUGGCCGGCUAACUGCGCUAAGGAACUCACUGGCGGCUGGUGGUACCGUAGCUGUGGUGGAAGCCACUUGACUGGCAAAUAUAGGGACAACACCCGUGGUAUCUUUUGGUCAUAUUUUGGGGGUUUCGCAUACUCCCUUAAGCGAGCUAUAAUGAUGAUUCGACCAAAGAAGUGAAUACUUCGUCUUCACUAUAUAAAAAAUAGUUUCUUCACCAAAGAAGUGAAUACUUCGUCUUUACUAUAUAAAAAAUAGUUUCUUCAUUCAAAUUUAAUGUCUUGUAAUCUAUAUUCGAAUAUAUGUAUACAAUUGAACUUAUUCAAAUAAAAGCAAUCAACAUUCUUGCUAGUUGUCUCUUUGCUUUCUGGCUCUCUUUA